GAACGACUACCGCUGACGGUUCAAUGAAAGGAGAUCACAGACCGAUACAAUGGGCGCAGUUUUUUUGGCCGCUAGUAUCAUCUACUUCUCGGCCGCCUGAACCCAAGCUCAACCAUCUUUGGUCCCCGGGCGAGCCGGCUCGAGAGCCCUCACGGAUGCGAUGCGAGCACGUCGGAGGGUCGUUGACCAGGAUCUGGCUUCAACUGCUGCCGCCCUGAUGAGCCUGCCGCGAGACGUAUUCCUGGCUUCGCCUUUCGAGGGUCAUACCUCUUGCACAACGUGGACCGUUUCCUCCAUCGCUCUCGCCUUGUCGGAGUCACUCGAUCUUACAGUCCAAUGCGAUAAGCGGCCGGGAGCGCAAACGAGCAUGCGCCUGGCGCACACCGUCGCAAGCACAGGCCAGCUCCCUUCUUGGGCGCAGGCGCGCUUGACAACCUCUCUUUUUUGCCUCGGCCUACUUCUCGCCGCCUGGCAUUUUAAGAUCAUCGAUGGUGACCAACAUCUCGCCCUGGAAGGGAUCGACGAUCUUCUGGCCCGCAUUGCGCCGGUCGACAUAGCCUACCACGCAGGCGGUCAUAAGAGCUACCUUCCUGACGACUUGCGCGGCGUCGCUACUGAUAUGACGGCAACGAUCGAGGCCGUCGACCCCGAAGACUUGCCCUAUCUACGCGAAUUGGCCGACGAUAUCGACUGCGAGUAUAUGCGCGACACUGCGCCGAACAUCGAGAGAAUGAUAAAAGGAUACAAGGUCUUCGUGGAGGAAGACUGGUUGAAGAGUCGCGGCCUUCAAGACAAUGACCGCCUUCGAGGCGUCAUUCGCCGCGCGUGUGGGGACGGCAACCUAAUCAACCAACUGUUCGACCCGGCGACGCGGCUUGGAGGCCGCUACCUAAAGCGUAUAGAAGAAAUCGAGGCACACUACGGCGGCGAGGUGCCUAAGGAUAACCACGGCUACCCCCUGCUGUGGUUCGGGUUGUGCACCGACGACUUCUCUCAAGUCUACCAGCUAGCACACCGGGCUCUCUCUCGAAUGCUCUUCAAAUGCGAUCAGGAGCAAGUCGUCAGAGACGAAGAAUUCGAGAUCACCAUCAGCUUCCUCGCAUUUACGGUCCUCAUCGAGGUGUGGUGCGUUCACUUCCUUCAGUACGGCCACGCAGACCCUACCCUGGGUCUGAGGCUCAACCUCAGUGGCUUUCUCACGUCGACGAAGCCGACAUUGGCCGCACACAAGGAGCAUGGCUCCUUGAUGUGGGACGGGAAGGACGUUCCGGUCGCCGAGAUCAAAUAUCUCAACAUCCAAGUUCAGAUUAGCGUCUUCAAUUGCAUCAUCAAACGUCGACCGGCGAGCCCGUCGCCCGAGUACUGA